AUGGCUCCCUCUGCAUCCAAGGAGAAGCGUCUCGCUAAGAAAGCCGCCGACGGAAAGGGCAAGGCCGCCAAGGGAAAGGCUGCUAAGAACGCCGAAGCCGUCGACGGCGAUGCUCCCGCCACCUCGGGCGAGAAGCAGGACGAGGUGGAUAAGCUUGCCGCGCAGGUAGACCAAUACGGCAUCUCGGACCGUGUCACCACCGGUGUCCUGGCCUCAGUUCCCUCGAGCAAGGACGUCAAGAUCAACAGUGUCAGCCUGGUGUUCCAUGGCCGCGUCCUCAUCACCGACUCGGUCCUGGAGCUGUCCUACGGCCGUCGCUACGGUCUGCUGGGAGAGAAUGGCUGCGGAAAGAGUACCCUCCUCAAGGCUAUUGCUGCCCGCGAGUUCCCCAUCCCGAAUCACCUCGACAUCUACCUGCUCAACGAGGGUGCCCCCCCUUCAGACCUAGGUGCUCUCGAAUGGGUUGUCAAGGAGGCCGAGAACGAGAUGGAACGUCUUGACAAGAUGGCCGAGAAGCUGCUCGAGGAGGAGGGUCCCGAGAGCCCUGUCCUGAUUGAUCUCUACGACCACAUGGACAAGCUUGACCCCUCGACCUUUGCCACCCGUGCCUCGCUCAUUCUGACGGGUCUGGGUUUCAACAAGAAGACUCUCCACAAGAAAACUAAGGACAUGUCUGGUGGCUGGAGGAUGCGUGUGGCCCUCGGGAAGGCCCUGUUCGUCAAGCCUUCACUGCUUCUGCUGGACGACCCCACUGCCCACUUGGAUCUCGAGGCUUGCGUGUGGCUGGAGGAGUAUCUCAAGAAGUGGGAGCGCACGCUGGUGCUCAUCUCGCACUCGAUGGACUUCCUCAACGGCGUCUGCAACAACAUGAUCGAUAUGCGCAACAAGGCGCUGCAGUACUACGGUGGUAACUACGACUCGUACCACAAGGUGCGCUCCGACAACGAGGUCAACCAGACCAAGGCGUACAACAAACAGCAGGAGGAGAUUCAGCACAUCAAGAAGUUCAUCGCCAGCGCCGGUACCUAUGCCAACCUGGUCAAGCAGGCCAAGUCCCGCCAGAAGAUCCUCGACAAGAUGGAGGCCGACGGCUUCAUCCAGCCCGUCACGGCCGACAGGGUCUUCACCUUCCGCUUCGCCGAUGUCGACAAGCUGCCGCCGCCCGUCCUGUCGUUUGACAACGUCACCUUCUCAUACUCUGGCGACCCGGCCGACGACCUGUACCGCAACCUGGACCUCGGUUUUGACAUGGACUCGCGUACGGCCCUGGUUGGCCCCAACGGUGUCGGAAAGUCGACGCUGCUCCGCCUGAUGACGGGCAAGCUCUCGCCCACGGGCGGAACCGUCACGCGCCACACGCACCUGAAGCUCGGCAUGUACUCUCAGCACAGCGCCGAGCAGCUGGACCUGACCAAGUCGUCGCUCGACUUUGUGCGCGACAAGUACAAGGAUAAGUCUCAGGAUUACCAGUACUGGCGACAGCAGCUGGGCCGCUACGGUCUCACGGGUGAAGCCCAGACGGCGCUCAUGGGCACCCUGUCCGAGGGUCAGAAGAGCCGUAUCGUCUUUGCCCUGCUGGCCAUUGACUCGCCCAACAUGAUUCUUCUCGACGAGCCUACCAACGGCCUCGACAUUCCCACCAUUGACAGCCUGGCUGAUGCCAUCAAUGCAUUCACGGGUGGUGUCAUUGUCGUGUCUCACGAUUUCCGGUACGUUCCCUCUCCGCUCAUCCCUCUUCUCUCCCUCUCCCUCUUACUCUCUUUACUCUCCUCGAUUUCACUAUACACGUUGUUCAUCUUACACGAUGCUGACGAGACAAACAGACUCCUCGACAAGAUUGCCAAGCAGAUCCUGGUGUGCGAGAACAAGACGAUCCAGCAGUGGGACGGUAGCAUCGGACAGUACAAGGACUACCUGCGCAAGAAGAUGAUAUCGGCCGGAGCUGUCUGA